CAUACCGCGUUCCUUUCUUUAUCGGAUAUUUUUUUGAUCGCUAUUGGAUGCAAGGAAUCGAGAAUUCCCCUAUAAAAUUGAAUCGCCGCAACCGUUCACGUCAUAUGUGGUUUCUCAAUCCUCCGAAUAGUUUCGUUAGCAUUUCUACUUUGCUUUGAUUUUGUUGUUUGGAGAGAGCACAAAAGGAUUUCCUUUACACAUCUAUCGAAGAUAAUGGCUGAAGCGGAUGUGCCACAGCAACCAGAAGUGAUGCCUCAAGAUGGUUGGGAGAGGCUUAAGUAUCUGGACUUCGUACAAGUCGCAACACUUAACAUCUUCACUUGUUUCUCGACUCUUUACGAGUACGCGAAGGAGAACUCUGGUCCUCUGAAACCCGGCGUUCGAACCGUUGAAGGCACCGUCAAAACCGUCAUCAGUCCCGUAUACGAGAAGUUCCAAGAUGUCCCCUUCGAGCUCCUCAAGUUCGUCGAUCACAAGGUGGACCAAUCUGUAAGUGAAAUAGAACGCCACGUACCAUCUCUGAUAAAGCAAGUGUCCAGCCACGCCUUCAUGGCGGCUCAAAAGGCUCCGGAAGUUGCUCGAGCCGUAGCAUCUGAAGUCCAGCGUGCUGGCGUAGUGGAGACAGCCGCGGAUAUAGCAAAAACUGCGUACGUAAAGUGCGAGCCCACCGCCAAAAAUUUAUACGCCAAAUACGAGCCGGUGGCUGAGCGAUAUGCCGUUACGGCUUGGAGGGCGCUUAACCGGCUCCCUUUAUUCCCUCAAGUGGCUCAGAUUGUGGUCCCCACAGCAGCCUAUUGGUCAUACAAGUACAACUAUGCCGUAUAUUGUGCAGGAGAGAGAGAAUACACCGUAGCAGUGUUUCUACCGUUGAUUCCUGUGGAGAGGAUUGCUAAGGUUUUUGGAGAAACCGAGGAGGAUGAGGCUGGGCCCACUGUUACCAUGAAUCCUAUCGAAGAAGGAGAAACAGCCUCGGUGGUAGCUCAAUGAUUUUUAUUUGUUUAUAAAGUAUCGUGUGUCGCACUUUGGCUUGUUUAGUAUUGCACAAAGUUUGUUGCGUGUGCCUUCGCUGCAACUUGGUUUGAAUUUUGAAGUUUGAAGUAACCAUGAAUUAAUUUUUAUUUCCUACCAAAAAAAAAUGAAUUAUUGUUUAUUUGUAUUAA